UGCCAUAUAAAAAAGGUCAACACAUGCAUAAUAAUAACAAUAAUGUGUGCAGUUUUAUUAGAUAAUGCAGAAUUUGCAUAUUCAAACUACUGCUUUACUACUUGCAUAUUCAAACUGCACUGCUUUUUUGUUUGUUUUUACAAAACGUGUAGUAUGCCUUCAUAAAACGCCUGUGUGAUUAUCAAAUCAAAUAUUUUAAUAGCCUUUUAUCUCUAUUCACGGUCUCCUUGAGUAGCCUCACUUAUCAUCUUGCUUGUCAUGUUUAGCGAUGGUUGUUCUCGGUGGCUCUAGUUUCCCCAUUUCGUGCGAGAUUCGUAAAGAGCGCUUUAUUUGCAAACAUAAACAUAUGCGCAAAUAUGUGAAAACGGCGACGUUUGGACGCACUUGGUCGCAGAGAUUUCGUGCAUUUGGGAAGGUUUGGCCGGACGUGCCACGUCACGCGGCGUGAAUCCGUCUAUUGGUCAAACGCGAGCAUACGCUGCUCCUUUUUCCUCCCUAUGGCAGUUUUACGCCCCAAACAGUAAAUAAUAUUUUGCCCAAUCAGCUUAACAAAGCUCGUGCCUUCGAGAAACGCUUUUAUGUUUGUCAUACGCGUCUUUAAUCGGCUUUGCGGGCGUUUCUAGCGGUCGUUCCCUUUGUGUUGGCUUCUUUUGCAUCACUUUUCGAGACAAUGGAGUCUCUUCGCCAUCAGCGCUUGCAGCCCGGUAUCGGAUACGGAGCGAACGCGACCGGGACUCUCCGCUCCCUGCGGCCCGGUGUAACCGGCACUCUUUCCUCGGCUCAGGGCUCCCACGUCUCGGUGUCUGCCUCCCCGGGGCCGCCGCCGCCACCGCCGCCCCUCCAGCUCCACAGCCUCGGGUCCGGUAUCAUGGGCAGCGGGUUCGGUUCGAUGGACAUGUCGGCGGGUCUGGGUCUGUCCAAUCCGAGCAACCCGGCGGUGCUGAGAGAGGCGGUGGACGCGGUGGUCCGGAGCUUUGCCAAACACACGCAAGGAUACGGCAGGGUGAAUGUGGUGGAGGCCUUGCAGGAGUUCUGGCAGAUGAAGCAGUCACGAGGUGCCGACCUGAGGAACGGGGCUCUUGUCGUCUAUGAGAUGGUCCCAUCCAAUAACCCCCCUUACGUCUGCUACGUCAGUCUCCCCGGGGGAAGCUGCUUUGGGAGUUUUCAGUUCUGCCCGACCAAAGCCGAAGCGAGACGGAGCGCGGCCAAAAUUGCCCUAAUGAAUUCUGUUUUCAAUGAGCAUCCAUCUCGACGCAUCACAGAUGAGUUCAUAGAGAAGAGCGUGUGUGAGGCUCUAGCCUCUUUUAACGGAAACAGAGAAGAAGCUGAUAACCCUAGUACAGGCAUCGGUGCUUUUCGGUUCAUGUUAGAGUCUAAUAAGGGGAAAUCUAUGCUAGAGUUUCAAGAACUGAUGACAGUUUUCCAGCUUCUCCAUUGGAAUGGUAGCCUGAAAGCCAUGAGAGAAAGGCAAUGCUCUCGUCAGGAAGUGCUUGCUCAUUACUCCCACCGAGCGCUAGAUGAUGACAUGCGUACACAAAUGGCCGCCGACUGGGUGAGUCGAGAACACGUUUUAUCCGGUACCAUCAAUCGAGAGAUGGCCGCCACCGAGCGCGAGCUGGAAGAGGCCCGUCUGGCAGGACGAGAGCUGCGCUUUUAUAAAGAAAAGAAAGACAUUCUGCUAAUGGCAGUCGGGCAGCUAGGUGGGUCAAACACUACAACCCUGCCCUGCACGUGCUGAAGAGCAUAUGAAGAGACGUGGCGUAUGAUUGUACCAGACAGCACUCCAAAACUCAAAACAGGCUUUUUUUUUCUUGUGUAUGCGUGUUUGUAUGCGAGGAGGAGUCGAGAAUCAGCAUUUUGAAUAGCUCCACAGACAAAAAUGACAAUGAAUUAUUCGUUUCUGUUUUUUUCCUUUUUAAAUUGAACAUGUAAGGCAUUUUAAACUUGAACAGAAUUAAGCGCUAUAUUGCUAUUAUUACUAUACCAGUAUUAUCCUCCGGUGUUAUCCAUUGACUGUACUGGCACAUGGACCUAAUGUUAUGUGAAAAUCCAUUUUGAGGCCUUCUUUGCAUUGUACGUUUUAGCUAAUUCGCCAAAUCACUGCCUAUUUGCUUUUCUCAGAGAUACAGUUGUGUGGUCGAGUCACAGAUUGAUCGCUGCGACGCGGUCGUUUUCAAUAGUCUGCAUUUACUUCAGCAUAAAAGCCUCGCUCAUUUAUUUGCUACACAAACCUUUGGGAAACGUACAAACCUUCUGCGUAAAUGUUAAUCUCAAGUACGUUUAAGCAAACAGACGAGAGCCAGUUGCCUUAGCAUAAACGUUCGCUUGGGAAGCAACCGCACAAUGUUUUCAUACAACAGAGGUCAGAUUUUCUCACACACCGUCUUCGGUGAGAAAUCCUGGCGCAGGAAACAUAGCAAGGCCAUUUCCUCCAGCCUUCGCGUCACAUACAAAAACUGAAUCUGUGCCCUCAUUACAUUGCCUUCUGUUACUUUUGUGAUUGUUGAGCAAUCGUGCUCAAGGCAACAUUUUGUUUCUACCUCCUUUCUGAAAGCUUUUGUGAACAAUUAUUAGCAUAUACUCCAUGCAGAUGCAGAUCGGGUUUGUGUUAAAAGAAUAGUUCACCCAAAAAAAAGGAAAUCUGCUGAUAAUGUACUCUCCUCCAGGCUUUUUAAGAUGUAGAUGAUUUUUUUCUAUAUCCGAACAGAUUUGAAAAAAAUUAGCAUUACGCCGCUUGCUCAUCAAAGCAGCCUCUGCAGUGAAUGGGUGCCGUCAGAAAAACCAUUGAUCCUGAAAGUAAGACACAUUUCUCCAAAUCUGUCGUGAUGAAGAAAUAAGCUCAUCUAUAUGUUGGAUGAUUGGAGAGUGAUUCUUAGCAAAUUAGCAUUUUUUGAGAGAACUAUUACUUGCAGUGCUUUGCAAUAGCUUGCUUGAUUCGGUGCAACAGGAAAUAAAACCACAUAUUGCGUCUUAUAGACACUUGUUGGCUUCCCAACUGAAAAUGGUCCUUAUAGCCUGUACUAUGUUUAUAAUUUAGUUGAAACCAUAAAUAUACAAUCAAAUAUUUUGUAAUGUAAUCACAUUCUUAUUCCACCAUCAUAAAUAACUGUAUUAUAACUGAUCAUAAUGUGUUUCUGGGUGAAGUGAUGUUGUAAGCUUAAUUGUUAUUAUUUUAUCCGAGCCAUUUGUUUCAGUAUUAGGGGCUAAAAUAUAAAUGUCACCUUUCAGAUCAGGAGAAAAUUAAGCAUUACUGCUUUCUCCUUGAACUGAAUUUUGAAAGACUAGCUGCUAAAUUGCUACUAACAUCACAAUGAUGCUAAAUGUAGGACGUGCAUGGAGAGAAAAUCAAUGAUUGUCAUUUGCCAGGCAGAAAAUGUACUUUUAAGGGCUAAUUGUAAUUAUUUGUUUCCAUUGUUGUGGUAUAGUACACAUAGUUUAACUGCAGGACUGUCUUAAUUAUUACUUUAAAGCCCUGGAAGUGUAUAGGCUGGUAUUAUAAAAAUGGUAAUAUAGACAGGCUGUAUUACAUGACAUAAAAGAAAAGCAUAGUUCAAUAAACUAUGCACCCAUAGAGUUUAUUCUCAAAAUGCAGCUAUCACUGAUAACCUAAAGCCCCCUUUCUUUCUAAUGUGCAAGUACAAAUUAUUUAUUCAUUCGAGACCACGUUUUUUGUGAAAGGACAAUGAACAUUUUGUGAAAGACACCAAUUACUAACAGUACAAUUUGCAGUUAUAGUAAUAUUCAUCAAUAAUGUUCUCUCAAUGUAAUUUGUUUGUGUUCAUUUGUACUUUGUAAUAUGAUUCCAGCAUAUGCCACUAAAGUGUAUUGAAUUGUAAACUGCAUUGCAUAUACAUUGCAUAUUACAUUGCAUAUAAUUUUAUACAAUUUGUUGGGUCUUUUCCCUGCUGUUUUUUACACUCUUGUUUACCAAAAUUAUUUUUCAAAUAAUACUUAAGGUAGUGAGAUUGAAUCAGUGCAUGUGAAUACAUUUUAUACGUUUCUCUUAUUUGUUUUGUAGUCUGCCAUUUUACAUGUUUUAUAAGAUUUUGAUGCGUAGCCAGUGUUUUGUUGAUUUAUAUUCUUUACAGAUCAAUAAAGCAAUUUUAAACUUA